AUGGCUAAUAAUAAUGAGCACAAAGUUUCGGUCAACUCAAGCAACCCACUCUCCGCAAACAUCAAUGUUGGCGGUCAAAGCAUUAUCCAAACAGAGACGAAGACAUAUUCAAGUUCAGACUCAGGGAUAGACACGGAAACGGAUCGAGGGCCUGCUACGGAGCCCAAGCCAAGAAACGAUAAAACCGAAGAUGCGAUGGAUAUCGAUCCCGAGGACCCGGAAUCGGAAGACGAGGCCGCAUUCACUACUCUGGAACUUACCCCCAUAGAGAAAAAUGCCAAGCGAGACUACACUCGCAUCAUGAUGAUUAUACCGUGCCGCAUGCACAGUUACGCUACAGCGCAAAUGUUGGCGACGGGUAAUGAGAUCCUGCAAGCUUUUAGGAAAACCAUUGCGCUUUGGCCUUUUCUCGCAGGCGAAUUCAAGGUCAUCAAAACCGGUAACGAUCAAGACUCAGAGGUCGUACUCACAUACCGAAGAGAAUUCGAUUGGUCCUCUAUCCGCUCCCUGGUCACCUAUGCUGAUCCGAUAGAGAGGGUUGCACGUCCGUAUUCCCACAUUUACAAGAUACCAUCAAAGAAGUAUCCAUCGAUCCUAACUGCUUUGCGAGAUCACGAUCCCGAACAUGCUAAUAGCUUCGCACCAAUUGCGCUCAGGCUAACCCUUGAAAAUGGUUUAUUUUUUAUGAGUUUUGCGUUCAGCAAUACCAUCUUUGAUGGGGAGUUCAUUACCAACUUCUUUCGAGAGUUUCUCAACUUCUCGAUGCAGACUGGCUUCACGCCAAGUCAGCGGUUAAACUUUGAGAGGAACAUGCCCGAGAUACUCAAUUCUGGGAUAGACGUCAAGUCUGAGUUUCCAUGCUUUGAUUGGAACAAUGCUACCGAGAUCGAGGAGCGUACACCCCAAAACGACCUGGCAUUCGAAAUCUUCAGUCUGCCUGAAGGCAGUGUGCAUGGGACCUGGUUAGAAGUUCGAGAUGAGGCCUUGAAAUUGAAGUCAGAAAAUUCUCCUCUAAUUCAAGACUUUAUAUUCACGCUUUUCUGGGUUCUUAUCACACGAGUACGGACUGAAUCUGGCCUCAUAGAGCGCAAGGGUGUUACAAGAGCCAACAUCAUGGUACCGGGGCAUCUCGCAAUAAGUGGGCGACACGAGAAUGAUCCUUACUACUAUGGUAACAGUACUGUCAAUGCAGUUGCUUCCUGCAACGCUACGAACUUGGUCGGUCGUGCUAUUGUUUGGGACGACUUUGAGAGGCCGUUUUCUUCGGAUUAUCGACGGCUAGCUUGUGCGGGCAUCUUAAUUCGCAAAGCCAGGCGGGAGAUCAACAAGACGUAUAUGAGUAAACUUUAUGGGUUAAAGCAAGUCAUCAGCCCUGCAGAAGAUCAGUUUGCCUGUGACCGUGCUCUCCGGCCCCAUACGGAAAGCGUUAUCUGCGAGGACUGGACCAACUAUGGUGCACACCUAGAGGCUCACUUCUCGUACCUAGAAGAGGAUCGCCAGCCUCGAUUUGUUCCUUCCAUGACCGGGCUCAGGGAGGGCACUGUGAUCAUCCUGCCACGGAAAGACGAGGAAUUUGGCGAUGAAGGUUGGAAUAUCUGUGUAUGUCUUACAGCGGACGAGUUAGAGAGAGCCAAGGAGCUUCUGCAGACUGAGGGCUGGGUAUGA